CGUGUCCCCUUAAAAUCAGAGGUUUCCAGCGCUGGACGUGUAUAGGAGGCUACCAUGGACGUUCAUCGGAUCCAUGUAUGAACUCUAACUCUGAGCUCCUCUCAACUUUGCCAGGUCUAAUGUUUUCUUACCAAGUGACACCAGCGAGAGAAUGCGGUUGCUCACUUACACAAGUUUGUUCUGGUUUAUGCUCAAGUCAGGGCUGGCUCUGCAGAUCCAGUGUUAUCAGUGUGAAGAGGUCACUCAAAAUGACUGCUCCACACCUGAGUUCAUCGUUAACUGCACUAUCAACGUUCAGGACAUGUGCCAGAAGGAGGUAUUAGUGACAGAAGACGGGAAGCACUACCGCAAGUCCUGCGCCUCGUCUGGGGCCUGCCUCAUCGCCUCCUCUGGCUACCAGCAGUUCUGCACAGGGAAACUCUACUCGGUGUGCAUCAGCUGCUGCAACACUCCCCUCUGUAAUGGACCCCGUCAGAAGAAACAGAGUUCCAGAAACAGAGUUCCCUCUGCCUCCUCGUCCCUAAGCCCACUACACAGCCUCUCCCUCCUUUUUCUUCCCUUCCUCCUGCACCCACCCUCCAUAUUCAGCUGAGAGCGUACGAUUGGCUGGUUUGGUCUCAUCAAGACUGUGGUUCAAAUUUUUUAGGCUUGCCUGCCUGUACGGUGUCCAUAUCGUCAAUGGAUAUAUGACGCUGUCCUAACAUAGACACUGUAUUUAGAUUAUGUCCUAAUAAGGACAGCAACUAAAGGUCGAGGGUCAUUGAUUGAAGAAAGGUUCUGAAGGAACCUCCCAAAUAUGUUUAUAGUGUCAGUCAUAUGCACCACAUGAAAGGACUUUGGCGAGUGGAAGUGAGGUGGCCAUGGAGCAAUAUCACUUCGAAUGGGUCACAUUUUGUUCUGUGGACUCUAUGGGGCUGAUCUUUACAUUGCCAUCACUGAUCGACAGAUAUUGACUUGCCAACUGAGGGCACUACAAGGUAAUAUGUACAGUUGAAGUCGGAAGUUUACAUACACCUUAGCCAAAUACAUUUAAACUCCGUUUUUCACAAUUCCUGACAUUUAAUCCUAG